UUUUUAUGUCUUUCAGUUACAUGUUCUCAUUUCACCCAAGAACUUCAUCCAGAGCAGGGCAUAAAAGAUUCACUCCAAACAGUAAUACCGAGAACAUAUGGAAAAUGUGGACAUGAGAAUUUACAAUUUAAAAAAUGCUAUAAAAGUGUGGGUGAGUGUGAGGUGCACAAAGGAGGUUAUAAUGAAGUUAACCGAUGUUUGUCAAAUGCCCAAAACAAAAUAUUUCAGACUCAUAAAUGUGUCAAAGUCUUUGGUAAAUUUUCAAAUUGCAAUAGACAUGAAACAAGAUGCACUGGAAAGAAACAUUUGAAAUGUAAAAAAUAUGGCAUAUCAUUUUGCAUGCUUUCACACCUAAAUCAACAUCAGAUAAUUCAUACCAGGGAGAAGUCCUACAAAUGUGAUGAAUGUAGCAAAUCCUUUAACCGCUCCUCAAACCUUACUGCACAUAAAAGAAUUCAUACUGGAGAGAAACCCUACAGAUGUGAGGAAUGUGGCAAAGCCUUUAGGUGGCCCUCAAACCUUACUAGACACAAGAGAAUUCACACCGGAGAGAAACCCUACACAUGUGAAGAAUGUGGCCAAGCCUUUAGUCUCUCCUCAACACUUACUAAUCACAAGAGAAUUCAUACUGGAGAAAGACCCUACAAAUGUGAAGAAUGUGGCAAAGCCUUUAGCUGCUCCUCAACGCUUAGGACACAUAAGAGAAUUCAUACUGGAGAGAAACCCUACAAAUGUGAACAGUGUGACAAAGCUUUUAAGAGGCAUUCAAGUCUUGCUAAACAUAAGAGAAUUCAUACUGGAGAGAAACCCUGCAAAUGCAUAUAA